UCCAGCUGCCACCCUGAGCUGCGCCUGGCGCAAUAUCGCAACGAAAUGAAAGGCAUGUCGCUGGAGUCACGUCAGUACAAACAAAACCCCCGAGGCCAGCUCCUUAUUUCUUUGCGGUCUCUUCAUCAUGACGCUCCGGGACGAUCUGCUUUGAUCUUUUUAUUGUUCUGAUUUAUUUCUCCCAUUUGCCACUAGUUCUUGUUUUCUUUUUGGGGUUUCGUCAGGUACUUCCCUCAGCCUUUAUAGAAUGGCAACUUUGUUUGGUUUUGCUUGUCGAGUUUGGUUGCCUUAAAAUAGUUAUUUUUAUAGUUUCUGUAUCGGAGAUCAGAAGUUGUGAUGUUAGAAUCUUUAAACAACUCUUUUGAUUGUGGAUCUACCUGUGUUUUUAGACGUUUAUGGAGGUAGUAGUGACUGUCACUGCCAGGUCAAAGUAAUCAGUGUGUUUUGUAAAUCUUACUUUCUUUAUGAAGUUACGCAAAAAUAGACUUGUCUACGUGCGAUCGGUGAGAAACGGGAUUUUCAGUGUCUCGUGUUGAUGUACGUUUUGGCAGCGUAGCACCACACGUUUUACUGGUCUAUUUUUUCCGUUUUCCAUGGAAGUUCUUUCCGUUGUCUUGAUUUCCUUUUGAUUUCUGUAAAACAGUGUCCGUUUGUUUCCUGUAUCUGAUGAAUAAUGGUAAUUUAUGCUUCUUUCAACCGCGUUUCUUUAUCAACCAUCCUCUGUUUAAAGAUAGUCUAUAGGUAAUUAUCAGAGAGGAUCUAGGGAGAGUCUUUGCAUUUCUUUUUCUUUUCGUUUCGUGUGCUUGAUAGUCUAUUCUUGUUAUUUAGCACAUUCCUUGAUGAAGGACAAGUCCAGAAUCUGUUAGGACAGAUUUUGGUACCAUCCAUCUUAAGACAUUUCUGCAGAUUGAAGAGGUUGAGGGUGAACAUAAUACUAUUUUCCUCUUUUCGUUAGUGGCGACUCAUCUUCUUUUUGUUGGUCUUUUUUGGUAGUUGAGUAAAGAAACUGUUACAUGAUGGUUGGUUUUGGAGGACCAAUGGUGGUUUGCCCAAGAAGCGAGAAAUGUUGGGAGUGGGCUCGUGUUUACAUGAACUACUGUAUCUGUGAUGCCAAGGAUCUGGCGUCAUUUUCGUUGGGCAUGCUCAGCGUUCUGAGCUGGAGCGUUGCUGAAGUUCCUCAGAUCAUCACUAAUUACAAAACGAAGACAACGGAGGGCAUCUCAGCUGCCUUUUUACUGACGUGGGUUCUCGGAGAUCUUUUCAACCUAUUCGGAUGUUUGCUAGAACCAGCUACUCUCCCAACACAAUUCUACAUGGCAGUUUUGUAUACAGCAACAACGUUGAUCCUGACCUUUCAAACUGUAUACUAUGAUCAUGUCUAUUCUAGACUUGGAACCCUUAGCUUGGCAAAAAUAAGCAGGAAGGAGCAAAUUGAUAGUGUUUUGAAUAACAAAAAAUCAGGGGACAAGGAUGAAGAUUUGGCAGUACAAAAUGAGAAACGCCACAUUAGCACCCCAAUUCCGGUUGCAGCUUCAGUUGCUGGAUAUGGUUCAUUGGGUAGAGAUAGAUAUUAUGUCUCAGCAAGAUCUCUAGCAUGCAGCCCUACUCCUACAGCAGGAUCAUACUCAGCAUAUCAACGAGGUUAUGGAAAAAGAGCACCUGCCUCCAGCCUUGAUGAAGCUCCUGAAGAAGAGCCGUUGUUAAGUAACUUUUCACAAUCUGCACCAUUGUUAGACACAAAGACCGUAAUGUGCAUGGCAUCAGUAACCACAUUCUUCAUUUUUAGUUUUGCUCUUCAAAAAUCAGCUUCAGAUAUAUCCUACACCUCCUUGGAUCAUCAUGCUGGUACCAUUAUACCAAUACAUCGGAAACUAUUACAGUAUUCCUUGCAGAACAUGGUUUUGAAGUCAAGUGGAAAUAAUGGAAGCAGCUCACUUGGAAGUUAUCUAGGUUGGGCAAUGGCUAUGAUCUACAUGAGUGGAAGGCUUCCCCAGAUUUGUUUAAAUAUGAAAAGGGGCACUGUCGAGGGUCUAAAUCCACUGAUGUUCUUGUUUGCUUUGGUUGGGAACUCAACAUAUGUGUCAAGUAUUCUUGUGAAUAGCACAAAGUGGUCUAAAAUUAAGCCAAAUUUGCCAUGGCUGGUUGAUGCAGCAGCAUGCGUAGUCUUAGAUGCUUUUAUUAUUGGGCAGUUCAUUUACUAUUCUCGAUUGAGAACAAAAGAGUGCAGGAACAAUCAGCGUUAUCUUAAAGUUUGUGCUUCUUAGGAUAUCAAGUUUCACUUCAGACCAACUGUUUGCAUUUGGUAAUAAGGGGACUGAGUCAAUGAAACAACCUGAAAGGGAAUUUGGUCUGGGUUGGAUGUGGAGCAGUAUUUUAACGUCAGACCACUAUCUUUACUGAGGUGAAACAUUAGUACCUGCCUGAAGGUUGCGAAAUCACUAUUGUAAUAUGAAGCUUUCUGUAACUAGCUGACUGGAGGAGGCACUGUUGAAGUUUUAGAGUGCAAGUGAUACUGCAUAAGAUAAUCUGCGUAGUUCCUUAUUGUAAAGGAAGAACCAGGAAGCUAGUAUUUUGUUUUUAUCCUUCUGCUAUCGACACCAAGAUGGACAUACAAGGAUCUCGGACGUGAUGUCAAUAUGUAGGUGAUUUCUUCCAAACAUUUGAAUCAAAUGUUCUAUUGCUCUCCUUAA